AAAGAAACAAAAAAAAAAAAGAAAAGAAAAGAAGAGGCUGCCUUUUUUGCUGUGUGUUUCAUCAUCUUUUUUGUUGGAAGUUAGCAGGACAACCACAUUCACCGGUCCAUCCACCACCACCACCACCACCACCACCACCAGCGACAGCCAGGCCAGGAUCAACCCCCCGUGCCCCACUCCCGCUCAGCUUGCUUCUCGCUCGCUCGCUGGCUCGCUGGCCUGACAUCACGUCCGCUCCGUCGCUCCCUUUCGCUCUCUUCACCCCUUCGCUCCCUUUCUCACCUCCGUCUCCCUCCGCCUGCAAUUGACCCCCCUCCUCCCCAACCCUACGUGGCCUAUCGCUCCCACCACCACCCAUGCAUCUCUCGCACGACUACUAGACCUCUUGGCUUGAAAACCACAGAGAGCGAUAGAAGGAGAGACUGAGACUGGGAGGAAGAUCCGCCCAACGCUCCUUAAGACCCCCAGGAUAGCUGGCCACGGCCCUCUCCGUCCGCAAAAUGGUCCGGCUCCCGCUUCCUCACCGUAUCAGCAGCAAGGCCAAGGCCCCUAUCUCGUCUCCUACUACCCAAGAAGACGUCCUGGCCGCUCCCACGCCCGUCAACCCCGACUCCAGGCCCUUAAUUCUCAUCACGAGCGUCAUCUGUGGCAGGAACUUGGCCGCCAAAGACAGAAAUGGGACCAGUGAUCCCUAUCUGGUCGUCACCUUGGGGGACUCCCGCCAAUCCACCCCGACCAUCUCAAAGACGCUGAACCCGGAAUGGAACGUGUCUUUCGAACUGCCCGUUGUCGGCGUCCCUCUGCUGGAAUGCGUGUGUUGGGACAAGGAUAGGUUCGGCAAGGACUACAUGGGUGAAUUCGACAUCCCCCUCGAAGACCUCUUCAUUGACGGUCGCAUCCACCAAGAACCAAAAUGGUAUAAUCUCCACUCGAAGUCGAAGAGCGGCAAGGAUAGCGAUGUUUCCGGCCAGAUACAGCUCCAGUUCUCCCUCUUCGAUCCCUCAAACCCCUCCGGCUCCCCGGAAGAAAUUUCCGCCAAAUUCCGGGCCCUGGUGUCCUCUUGUGAUCCUGAGGAAGAGGAAGUCGCCCCCGUCGUGUCUGCGGAAACGGACGAAAAGUCGGAAGAGACCUCCGAUGACACGACAGACGACCUUACGAAGCCUGGAGUCGCCGAAAAGAGGCGCCGAAGACUCCGCCUUGCCAGACUGAGGAACAAAUCAAUUGCUGCCCGCGCAUACGAGUUCUCCGGUGCCAAAGAGGGAGUCUCUGGAAUCGUGUUUAUGGAAGUUGGCAAGAUCUUGGACCUGCCACCCGAGCGGAACGUCACCCGAACAUCUUUCGACAUGGAUCCGUUUGUCGUCACAUCCUUAGGCCGCAAGACACUGCGAACCCGUGUCAUCCGCCACAACCUUAAUCCCGUUUUCGACGAGAAGAUGGUAUUCCAGGUGAUGAAACAUGAACAGUCGUAUUCUUUCAGCUUCACUGUGAUGGAUAGGGACAAGCUUUCCGGAAACGAUUUUGUUGCUUCGGCGAAUUUUCCCCUCCAGACUCUCAUUCAAGCUGGUCCCGUCGCCGACCCCGAAACCGGCCUCUAUCAGUUGCCCGGCCUGUCACAACCUACAGUUACCACACCUCUUGCUUCCAAGUCACGGUUUAGGCUUGCAAUCUCGCGCUCUUCCUCCGCCAACAGCCUCUCCAAAUUGGCAAGACCGGCUUUGAAAUCACGAACCUCCGCCACAUCCCUAUCGAGUCAGUUCCAGCCGGUGGAACAACAAGCCAGCGCCCCCGGCACCGCUCCAUCUGAGUCCGCGCCCCAGCUGAAUUUACCAGGAACCAGUCCUAACUCAUCGGAUGGUACCGCCACGCCGCCCGAUGCCGAUGAUCUAAAGUCCUACAUCAUACCCCUCGUCCUGAAAAACAAGGAUCGAUGGGAAGACAAACAUGCCCCGGAGCUGCACGUUCGCGCCAAAUACAUGCCUUACCCUGCCCUGCGCCAGCAGUUCUGGAGGGCCAUGCUGAAGCAGUACGAUGCCGACGAUAGCGGCAGAAUUAGCAAAGUUGAAUUGACGGCCAUGCUUGAUACUCUCGGUUCGACGUUGAAAGAGUCCACUAUUGAUAACUUUUUCCACACUUUUGCACAAGAGAAUGAGCCCAGCGAUACGGUAGACUUGACAUUCGAUCAAGCCGUGAUCUGUCUAGAGGAAAAGCUUCAGGCACUGCAGAAGAAGACGGUGGGGUCACAGUUACGUAAACUGAUACCAAAUUCUUCCAUGUCGACGGGAGGAAUAGCGGAGAGUGAGAAUCAGUCCAGUGAGGAUUUGAGUCCGCGUCUGGGCCCCUCUAUCUCCGUCAGCGCUGACUAUCGAGGUACAACUACCACGACUAUAUCGCGUGAUGAAUCGAGCUCCAGUGAAGAAGGAACCCUUCAUCCGGACGACCUAGCAGACGAACGGGGAGAAGAGCACGUCAUUGAACUUCGUGAAUGUCCUCUCUGCCACCAGCCAAGACUCGCAAAGCGAUCGGAUGCCGAUAUCAUCACCCACAUCGCCACCUGUGCUAGCCAGGAUUGGCGUCAGGUCGAUAAUCUGGUCAUGGGUGGGUUUGUCACCUCCAGCCAAGCACAAAGAAAAUGGUAUAGCAAGGUUAUCACCAAGAUCUCUUAUGGCGGCUAUAAGCUUGGUGCCAAUUCAGCAAAUAUCCUCGUCCAGGACCGGAUUACUGGCCAGAUCAAUGAAGAGCGCAUGAGUGUGUAUGUGAGACUAGGAAUCCGGCUACUAUACAAGGGUUUAAAGAGUAGAGAUAUGGAGAAGAAGCGAAUCCGAAAAAUGCUCAAAUCCCUUAGUAUCAAGCAAGGGAAAAAAUACGACGACCCUGCGUCUGCGAGUCAAAUCGAGGAUUUCAUCAACUUUCAUCAGCUAGAUAUGUCGGAGGUUUUGCUUCCUCUCGAGGAAUUCAAGUCGUUCAAUGAAUUCUUCUACCGUGCCUUGAAACCAGGAGCCCGUCCUUGCUCUGCCCCGGACAACCCAGACAUCAUCGUUUCGCCCGCAGACUGCCGUAGCGUUGUAUUUGAUCGAAUUGAUGACGCGACGAAGAUUUGGGUGAAGGGUAGGGAGUUCUCAUUAGAGCGACUUCUUGGAAAAGCCUAUCCGGAAGACGUGCAACGUUACAAGGGUGGAGCUCUGGGGAUUUUCCGGUUAGCUCCUCAGGACUACCAUCGUUUCCAUAUUCCCGUGGACGGUGUAUUGGGGACCCCUAAGACGAUAGAGGGCGAAUACUAUACGGUGAAUCCGAUGGCGAUCCGCUCUGCUCUUGAUGUCUAUGGCGAAAACGUCCGCAUUCUCGUUCCAAUCGACUCUGUUUCCCACGGGCGAGUCAUGUUCAUUUGCAUCGGUGCUAUGAUGGUCGGCAGCACGGUCAUCACACGCCAGGCCGGCGAGAAAGUAACGCGCGCAGAAGAAUUGGGCUACUUCAAGUUCGGUGGUAGCACCGUUCUACUCCUAUUUGAGCCGGGCCGAAUGAACUUUGACAGUGAUCUCUUGGACAAUUCCAAAGGAGCUCUUGAGACACUGGUGCGAGUUGGCAUGUCUAUCGGCCAUAGUCCACACGUCCCACAGUACACUCCUGACAUGCGGAAACCCGACGAACUUAUUUCUUCAGAAGAAAGAGAGGACGCCAACCGCAAAAUAGGCGGGGGUUCGACACCAGCGAUACAAUUAGAGGAUCCAUCGCAGUAGAGAAGUUAAUUUAACAUUACUUCCAUGCUUUACCCGAUUGCAUUAUCCAAGAAGCCUUGUAUUUUCAACGACAGCGGCGAGCUUGAAAAAUCUUUUCCUUUACUUUCCCUUGCUUUGAUACCUCUUUGAUCUUGAAAAAUUAAUUUAAUAUAGAUCUGGGCCCUCGACGAGGACCCCCUCCCUUGCACAUGUUUCUUACUGUUGAAAUUACUCAUGUAUGCAUAUAUACUUCCGCAUGCACAUGGUGGAGAGUACCGAUUGUCCAACUCCUUGCAUGCGCAGGGUGAAGAACUCUUCUGGUCUUAUUUUUCCUGUCCUCUGCGAAUAUGUAGAUUGGGUGUGCCGAGCUGUGUCUUGUGCCUGGAAUCAUCUAGAGAGGAAUAUUGUAUAGCUAAUACCAACUUCUGAUAGAUUUGGGGGCUUAUCUAUUCUAUUUUCACCCCUCCUCGAGGGGAAGUUCUGCAUUCAUUCUGCAAAGAAGUCGAGCUUCGGAUCCAUGUGAUGGCGAGCCGUGGAAGCAUGCUGUUAGCUGCAUGACGAAUUUUGGGUUCAACAGCGGCGCGGGCCGCCAUCAGCGAAGCGCCCCGAGUUAAAUAGUUAACUGGAAAGGUUGAUAGAGCCCAGCCAUCCCUUUGCUUUCGCCAGUCCAUCUUCCAGUAGUUAUACCCCACCGAUCAGAUAUGAGUUCCCCGGGCGUGCAUGAAUUUUAGCUGCGGGGUUUUAAUGUUACAAUGA